AUGCUGGCCACCCCGACUUCGUCCUUCUUCCACUACGGCACCUCUGCUAGCGCCACCGGUGGCGGCGGAAAGAGGAAGCGCCUCAGCGCCUGCGGCUUCGAGUCCAGCUUUGCCCCCUCGUCGCCCUCGUCGCCCUCCGGCUUCGAGGCCAUGGGAAAGCGUGUCAGGACGGCCGCGCCCGCCACUUCUUUGCUUGACGCCAGGGUAGGCGAGGAAAAUAUCCCCUUCUCGGCCGCCUUCCGCUCCAGCGGCGCCAUCACCAACAGCCCCUCCAGGCCCCCCACCGUCGAAGAGCAGCAGGCCUGGUCUUCCAGCAGCUCGAUCCGCCUCGAGCACGCGCUCGCCCCCCCACCCUCCUCGUCCCACAUGUCGCUCUCGUCGCUGGCUAAGGCCAAGCAGCGCCAGAUUGAGCUCGAGGUCGAUGACGACGACAUGAUGAUGAUGAUGCCCGCCGCGCCCUCCACGUCCGCCUCUGCCACUGCUGGCACCGCGGCCGCUGCCGCAGAGGUGCGCAAGAGCAACUGGGUCCGCGUCGUCACCUCGUACGGCCACAGCUUUGUCCGCGCCGACGAGGUCGAGGCGCUCAUGAGCGAGGGCGAGGUCCACUGCAUCUCGUCCGACGACGGCACCUCGAGCCACGCCGCAUCCCCCAGCGCCGGCGAUGCGGCCGAGUCGAGGCUGUGGGACUCGAUCGAGGGCGACGUCGAGAUGGACGGCUAG